GUAUUUAUCUGAGGCGCACGUUCAAGCAAUGCAAUUUGAUAGAGCAGAAGAAUUAUGCAAGAAAACUCUUGAGAUUCAUCAUGCACAUAGUGAGCCUGCAUCACUUGAAGAAGCAGCUGACCGUCGACUGAUGGCGCUCAUUUGUGAGGCGAAAGGCGAUUACGAACAGGCGCUAGAGCAUCUCGUCCUGGCCAGUAUGGCGAUGGUAGCAAACGGGCAAGACAGCGAGGUUGCUGCCAUUGAUGUGAGCAUUGGAAACAUUUACAUGUCUCUAGCUCGCUUUGAUGAGGCAGUUUUCUCAUACCAAAAGGCUCUUACUGUGUUCAAAGCAUCCAAGGGUGAUAACCAUCCUUUGGUCGCCUCGGUCUUCAUACGCCUCGCUGACUUGUAUCAUCGGACUGGAAAGCUCCGGGAGUCGAGAUCUUAUUGCGAAAAUGCAAUGAGGAUAUACUCAAAGCCUGUGCCUGGAACUUCACCAGAAGAAAUUGCUGGUGGGUUGACCGGAGUUUCAGCGAUUUACGAGUCUGUUGGUGAGGCUGAGGAGGCGUUGAAGCUGUUGCAGAAGGCUAUGAAGAUGUUGGAGGAUAAACCGGGACAGCAAAGCACAAUUGCUGGGAUAGAAGCACGGAUGGGAGUCAUGUUUUACAUGGUUGGAAGGUACGAAGAUUCGAGGAUUGCGUUCGAGAGUGCGAUAUCGAAACUUAGAGCCACCGGUGAGAGGAAAUCUGCGUUCUUUGGCGUCGUGUUGAAUCAAAUGGGAUUGGCCUGUGUGCAGUUGUUCAAGAUAGAUGAAGCUGUUGAGCUGUUUGAAGAAGCAAGAGGCAUUUUGGAGCAGGAGUGUGGCAAUUGUCAUCAAGAUACCAUUGGAGUUUAUAGCAACCUUGCUGCAACCUAUGAUGCUAUGGGAAGAGUCGACGAUGCUAUUGAAAUAUUGGAAUCUAUUCUUAAGUUGAGAGAAGAGAAGCUCGGAAUCGCGAAUCCCGAUUUUGAGGAUGAAAAGAGGAGAUUGGCUGAGCUACUGAAGGAAGCAGGCCGAACCCGAAACCGGAAAGCAAAGUCUCUGGAAAACCUCAUUGACCCGAACUCGAGGAAGACGAAGAAGGAGGCAACAAAGAAGUGGUCGAGCUUGGGAUUUAGAAUCUGAAUGGAAAAGUCUCCUUCGAGAUCGAGCUGCUUUAGGGAUCCAACGUUCCCAUUCUGUAACAUAUAAGAUCAUGUAUAGAGUUGAUUCAAUUUGUUGUCUUUAUGAACUGAACUCAUUUAUUGUUUUUCCUCUCUUUGUGCUGUUCAUUGUUUGAUUGAAUCAAUAUCUGUGUAAGGCUGUUGAUUGAGAAAGAAAACAUUGAUCUUGAUUGAAUAAGAUUUUGGAGGAAUGUUUUCUCA